AUGUACUUCAACAUUAGGAGAAUCUCCAAGGUGAAACAACAUCUCACCCAGGAAGCGUGUGCAAAGGUCAUUAAUGCAACAGUCGUAUCCCACCUUGACUAUCACAAUGCCCUUCUGCUUGGCAUAACCGAUCGAAACAUGCACCGGUUACAGGUGGCUCAGAACAAUGCUGCGCGUUGUCUCACAAGAACAUGCUACAGACAACGUAUCACGCCAGUACUUCAACAACUGCUUUGGCUGCCUGUGAAACAACGUGUUGUGUUCAAAGUGCUGACUACCAUGCACAAGUCUCUACACUCCUCCUCAGCACCACCAUAUAUGAGAGAGUUAUGCCCAACUUACCAGCCACAAAGGACUUUUAAAAGAAGAUCAUCGUCAGACAAAUGGAAACUAAUAGUAGAGAAAUCAUCAAACAAAUAUGGUGCAAGAGCCAUAAGCACAUUAGGUGCACAACUGUGGAACAACCUGCCAUUAGAACUACGAGAGCUUCGAGCACAUGGAGCAUUCCGCAAGAACCUAAAAACACUCUUGUUCAAGCGUGAAUAUAACCUAUGA